CAGGGCGCUCACGCGUCGUCGUCCAUGAUAAAGAGAACAUGCAAGAAGCUGCACUCAUGCGCCAAUGCUUGAAGUGCAAGACAGUCGUCGAAAACAGCCAGGUCUAUAUGUGCCAUAUCAGGCCUGGAGUGUUGCGCCAAUGCCAUGUGUGUGCUUUGAUUUUUGAAAUCGAGUGCGAAUUUGAACGCCACAAAUUGGUCGCCCAUCCUCGAGUUUUGAGCACGAAUAAUACUGCAAUGGCCAAACCGCAGCCAGCGCCAGUUGCGCCUGAGGGUCGGGAACAGGGCUUCAGAUACCUUCCGAUGGACGAUUACACCGAAGUGCGCCCUCGGGAGAAUCGCACUGUAGAUGCGCCGGGACCGCUUCCAAGUGAACUCCGCUCAGAUCCAGAAACCUCCACGGACAUACUCGAGGACCCGUUCGAUGAUAGAUGCGCCCUGGCCCAAGGUAGUGAAAGCGGCAAGUCAGUCGAAAUAGCGUUCUUAGAGCCAUUCCAGGGAGACCUGUUGCUAGACCUCAGCCCACCAGACGAGAAAGCAGGCAGCCUUAGUAAAGCCAUCAGCCAGUUCCAAAGCGUGGUGAGAAGCCGACCGACACGCGAAGAGCCUGAAGCCGAGCACCAGCAAAGCCCGACUCAAGACGUCGAGCUGAAGAAGAGAGUUCCGAUCUCCACCACCACGACGCCAACCGCAUCUCCCCCUUCGGCGAGAGUCACGCCGCAGGCCUCUGGACCGAUCAAGGCAUCUCCUCCUUCAAGUGCCCAAGCACCGCCUCAGCCACCCAAAGUCAAAUCGCCGGAGCAAAACACGCAAAUGAGCGGUAUAAUGUGCUAUGAAUGCGGAACAAACUUCAGCAAUGUUAUCGCACUGCACCAGCACCAGAUGAUGGACAAGCACAACUACUGCGAGUGGUGCUAUGCCUUCUUCGCUGAUCGAACUCUGCUUCACAAGCACAAGCAACAGGUGCACAGCUUCAAGUGCGCAGUGUGCGGACUGUCCCAUUUCACCGUGGAGGACCUCAUCGCGCACCAGCAGCUCAAGGCACACUGCUACUGUAAACCCUGCAACAGUUACUUCAAGGACCAGAAGAGUCACAGACAGCACAUGGCCGCGAUGCACGACAACUCUCGCCAUACCCCCAGCCCUCCCAAACCCACGGCCACCGUGGCGGCGUCUGGAGGAAAGUACAAAUGCACUGUCCCGUCGUGUGGUUUUACAUCAGCCACAGCAGAGCAGCUCCGGAGCCAUCAGCAGAAGGAAAAUCACAACUUCUGCCGACCCUGCAACAAAGCGUUUUGUGAUGCUAUGGCGCUGAAAAACCACAAGAACGGUGGUGGACGCCAUGACGAGAAUAUCAAGAAGCACGAGAGCGGCUAACUAGGUUGUGAUAACAACAAAGAUGUCAAUAAUGACAAAUUCUGAAAGCAAGAUUAAACAAGAGCCACUCAAAGCAAGGAGGAAUAUUGAACUCUAAAUUUCUGAUGGGCUGGAUGGUAUUUAUCAUGGACAGAUUGGUUUUGCGGGGAAUGGCGUGUGUAUCGGGGUUGCUGUGGACAGAGGGAACGUAACCAUCUAGUUAGAUAAAGCAAAAAGCAUAACAAAUAGAGGCCACUACAGAGUA